AUGGCGCCGUUCGUGAUCCUCCUCCUCCUCCUCCACUCAUGGACAAGAGCCGCCGGGCAAUGCCCGCCCGUUCUGUUUGUUCCAGGGGGCAGCACAUGGGCAGGCACGACUCCGGGUGGGUUUGUCCUCACUUUCGGGUCGGCUGAUCGCGGCGGGGACUCCAGCGCCGUCAGCGACCAGCUCACGAAUGUGGAUGCCAUCUUCACCAACGGCGCAGCCUUUGCUGCCCGCAAGUCGGAUGGGACUUUCGUUGUUUGGGGUGAUCAAACACGAGGCGGUGACGCCAGCGGUGUCAACUUAAGCAAUGUGGAAGAGAUCGUCGGAAACUGGUUUUCUUUUGUGGCCAAGAAGACGGAUGGGUCUCUGGUCGUUUGGGGAGACGCAAAUUGGGGUGGGGACGCGAGCUCCGUCGCAGACCAGCUGACCAAUGUGGACACAAUCGCCUACACUGGCUUUGCCUACGCCGUAAGAAAGAUGGAUGGCACGGUGGUAGCUUGGGGGAAUCAGGGUUACGGCGGAGACAUCCAGCCCUUCAGUGCCGUGCUGACGGACGUUGUCCGAGUGAUCGCCUCUUCCGUCAAUCCUGAUGCCUUUGCAGCCAUCAAAGCCGAUGGUACGGCAAUCAUUUGGGGUGGACCAAUUACAGGUGUCUAUCAGUCUUCUGGCGGUGCCGCGUACAUCUCGGAGACGAACGUCCGCGAGAUCAUCAGCCUGCCAUCCGUGGUGACAAUUGCCGUCCUCAAGACAGAUGACACGCUGAAGAGCUACACCCGGGUCUAUGACAGUUCCAGCGCGACCUAUUCACUUCAGCUUGACCCCCUCCAGCUCACCAACGUGGACACGGUCGGUGUUUUAGGUUAUCUUAAGGGCUUCACUGCCAGGCAGCGCGAUGGCACCGUGGUCAUUUGGAUUCCGGGCACGGGUGAGGUUGUAGACCAGCUGUCAGAUGUGGACUGGAUGGUUGUGGGUCGUCAUGCUUUGGCGGGGAGGAGGCCAGAUGGCACUGUCGUCACAUAUGGCCACGUAAAUUCUGGGGGGGACAGCAGCGCUGUCAGCGGCCAGCUUACCAACGUGCAAGAAAUUUUCACCACUGGUGACGCGUUUGCAGCCUUGAAGGCGGAUGCAACAGUGGUGACUUGGGGGUACGUCUUCUCGGGCGCAGACUCAAGUGCCGUCGCAGACAACCUGACCAAUGUGAGCACGAUCUUCAGCAACGGUGUAGGGUUUGCGGCCAAGAAGACUGAUGGCAACAUUGUGAGUUGGGGUUCUAGUAUUCUUGGAGACCCGGGUUUUCUCUCCUUCUGUGAUCCAACAACAACGACGACCCUUACAGCUACCAGCUCGAGCAGCACCUUCAGCAGCACGACCACAUCCAGCGCAAGCAGCACCUCCACAAGCAGCGCAACAUCCAGCACGACCGCAUCUUCCAGCAGCAGUACGACAUCCACUACACUAAGCUCUUCAACAUCCGGUUCGUCCACGUCAACUUCGUCAGCGUCAACUUCAUCCACAUCUACGGCGUCUAGCACAACAUCCUCGACCUCGACGUCAUCGAGCACCGGCUCAUCAAGCUCGACUUUGUCAACUUCAACGUCCACAAGCAGCACCAGCCGCAGCACGUCGAGCACCUCGAGCACUUCAACGUCCAUCACCUCAACGUCUAGCGCGACCACGUCCUCCAGCAUCAGUACGACGUCCACGACAUCAAGCUCUUCAACAUCAUCGAGAACCAGCUCGUCAAGCUCGACGUCGUCGACUUCUACGUCAACAAGCAGCACCAGCAGCAGCACGUCGAGCACCUCGAGCACCUCAACGUCCAGCACCUCGACGUCCAGCACUUCAACAUCCAGCACCUCAACGUCAAGCACGACCACGUCUUCCAGCAGCAGUACGACGUCCACUACAUCAAGCUCUUCAACGUCGAGCUCGUCCACGUCAACUACGUCAACAUCAUCUUCUUCGACCUCUACAUCAUCGAGCACCAGCUCAUCAAGCUCGACGUCGUCAACUUCCACGUCAACCAGCAGCACCAGCAGCAGCACGUCAAGCACCUCGAGCACCUCAACGUCCAGCACGACCACGUCCUCCAGCAGCAGCACGACGUCCACGACAUCAAGCUCUUCAACGUCCAGCUCGUCCACGUCAACUUCGUCAACAUCAACUUCUUCCACAUCUACGUCAUCUAGCACAUCAUCCUCGACUUCUACAUCGUCGAGCACCAGCUCAUCAAGCUCGACGUCGUCAACUUCUACGUCCACGAGCAGCACCAGCACAAGCACGUCGAGCACCUCGAGCACCUCGACGUCCAGCACGACCACGUCGUCCAGCAGCAGUACGACGUCCACGACGUCGUCAACUUCUACGUCCACCAGCAGCACCAGCAGCAGCACGUCGAGCACCUCCAGCACCUCGACGUCCAGCACCUCGACGUCCAGCACUUCAACGUCCAGCACUUCAACGUCCAGCACGACCACGUCUUCCAGCAGCAGUACAACAUCCACUACAUCAAGCUCUUCGACGUCCAGUUCGUCCACGUCUACUUCCUCAACAUCAACCUCGUCCACGUCUACGUCAUCCAGCAGCACAUCCUCGACCUCGACGUCAUCGAGCACCAGCUCAUCAAGCUCGACGUCGUCGACUUCUACGUCCACGAGCAGCACCAGCACCAGCACGUCGAGCACCUCGAGCACCUCAGCGUCCAGCACGACCACGACAACAUCCAGCACAAGCCGGACCAGUUCGACGACGAGCAUCACAACGACGACCUUCUGGAAUGCAACAGUGCGGGUUUCUGGGUUCCUUGACCUCGCUGUUCGGCCCCGGACUCCAGAAGCAGAGAAUUCGUCCUUUGCGGAUGGUGCAGAGCUUCAGGAAGGCCUGGCGGUGAUCUUGAGCGACAUACUUGGCAUCGGCGUGGCUGCAGAGGACGUGGAGCUGACGGUGUUGAACGACACGCAGACUGGCCGCCGCCUCUCCGAGAGACGGCUUCAAGAAGCGGUCGAGUUGGUUCGCGCAACCUUCGUGGCGUACAAGGCUUUCGUACUUGAGCAGGAUGCGGCGGGCUUCCUGGACAACGUUACGACCCUUCUGCAGAGCACGGCUACCUUAAACCAGGUCACUACGAACCUCGCCGAGCAGUUGGAGCUUGCGAACGCCAGCUUUCAGGUGGAUGAAAUCUUUGUGGUGAGCAUGGACGUCGCCCAGGCUUCGGAUCCCCCGAUUGAGAUUGCCAUCCGGCCGAACACGCUGGAAGAAGCAGACAACAACAUCGCCGUGGCGUCGGUGGUGGCCGUUGCUGCCGUGGUUGCAGGCUGCUGCAUCUUCAUGCUGCUUUACCUGCGCUACGCUCGCGGCAGAAAGGCGCAAGGAGAAGGAAAGGAGGACCUUGCAAAGAACAUUCUGGCGGGUGUGAGCGUGGACACCCAGGCAGAGCCGAUCGACAACAUCAUGGCUGCCUCCAACAGCGGGGGCGCAAAUGUCACGGACAUCCUGAAUAACGUCCAAGGGCUCGAGGAAGUCUUGCAGGAGGUCGGCAUCAGCUUUUACGAGUCCAUUGACAACGCCGCUGAGACCCAGCGAAUGGACGCUGACAUCGAUUUGGUGGAUGAGGAGCUCGAGGUUGCCAUGAAAAACAUCGGCGUCAGCUUCGACGAUGGCUUGCAGCCAAGCGCUCUUGAAGGAGUGGUUGAGGUACAUGAGGACCAUCUGAGUUUGUGA